GGCAGGAUAUUAGUUUUGCUUGGCUUCUCCAUUAUGAUUAAUUAUUUCACUUUCUCGAAGUCAAACAUAGGUAUUUGGAUGAAGGCUUUCUAUUGCAGAAAAUAGCUCUCAUUUAGGCUAAGCAACACAAAAUUAAAAAGUAGCUUUUCUUGUAAAAUGGCACUGUGAAACAAAGGGAGAGGGGUGAUUGAGCCACUUUCUAUAAAACCAGUAUUGUACAAGACAAUUCUUUUCCUGCCCUAUGGAAUGAAAUAGCAACAGGUAAAAUCGGGCACAGUGCACUAAAUGAAUUGGUUAGUGAUGGAAGUUCCAGUACUAUCAUUGUAAGUCAAAGUUCUUAUGGACCCUGCACAGUCCACAUGAAGUAGUAGAUUAAUACAAGUUGGUGCUUUAUCAUCAUUAAUUAUGGGUUGUGAUUGAGUACACCUUUCAUGGCAAUUGCAGUAGUGCUUAUAUAUCUCAAAAUUCCAAAUAUAAUAAUCCCCAAAGUUUGGAACUAUAUCAUUUUUGAAAAUAGUUGAAGACAACAGAGUAACUACCGUGUUUCCCCGAAAAUAAGACCCUGUCUUAUGUUUUUUUGAACCCUGAAAUAAGCGCUUGGCCUUAUUGCCAUGCGCUCAAAAACCAGAUAGGGCUUAUAAUUAGGGGAUGUCUUUAUUUUGGGGAAAACAGGGUAUGAGCCCAUGACAAUAUGUAAUCAACAGGGAUCUUGUACAGUGUUUUCAUGAUUUUUACUUUUAAAUUGUGAUAUAUCUGUUUCACAAUGUUCAAAAACAUAGCUGUUAGUUUUAAUCAGUCACAGGAAGCUUUAGGGCCACAGCAUGGGACUUGGGUUCUCCGUGUCUUGUGUAGAAGCUUUUUCAUGGGGUUGAAAAUACUUCAUUAGUUAAGUGAGUUUUGCCCCAUUUUUAGCCACAGUUCAGUGAAUCAUUGCAAUUGUUAAGUUAGUAACACGGUUAAGUGAAUCUGUCUUUACUUAACUGCACUUUCUGCACUUUGCUUGUCAGAAAGUUACAAAAGAUGAUCACAUAACCUCAGGACACUAUACAACUAUCAUAAAUAUGAACCAGUUGCCAAACAUUCAAAUUUUGAUCAUGUGACCAUGGGGAUGCUGCAACUGUCAUAAGUGUGACAAAUGGUCAUAAGUCAUUUUUUUCAGGGCUGUUGUAGCUUUGAACAGUCACUAAAUGAACUCUUGUAAGUUUUGGGCUACUUGUAUAAACAUUUUAAAGCAGUGGUCCCCAACCUUUUGGGCACCAGGGACUGGUUUCUUGGAGAGAGGUUUUUCCGCGGAAUGGAGGGGGUGUGGUUUUGUGUGCUGCCUGCAUCCCGUGGAUGGGACUUCGCUUGUUUGCGUGGACUGGUUUCUGGCAUUUCACGGACUGAUGUUGGUCCAUGGACUUUCUGGGGGUUGGGGACUCUGUUUUAAAGCACUAAAAUAAGAUGAAGUGCUAUUUUUUGUUUGCACUUUUGCUCUAAAUUGUUUGACCUAGAACAGAAUUCAUCGUUUAUUUGGCCAAACUCUAUUUGAUCUGGAUGGGAAAAUACAGGCUUCACCUCAGACUUAGGGAGAUAGAGUGGGUCCCUCUGUUAGUUUGGGAGACUUUCCAUCUUUUGUUCUGGAUGGAGUUGCGCUACCUCAGGCGAAACCUGUGGACAAUUGGGGGUCCUCCUCCAGUUCAAAGAAAAUGUGACAGCCAUGACUAGGAGAACCUUUGCAUAGCUUGCAUAGCAUCCAUUCCUCAGCCAGGAGGCUCUACUCACAGUCCCUCAUGUCUUGGUCACCUCCCUAUUGGACUAGUGCAAAGAACUUUAAAUGGGGCUGUCCUUGAAGAGCAUUUGGAAGGUUCAGCUGAUGCAAAAUACAGCAGUUUGGGCAAUUAAAGGUGCUUCUUAUUCAGCAUGUGCUCUGCAAGCCUGCAUUGAUUGCCAGUAUGCCUCUGACUUCAAUUGAAGGUUCUAGUAGUUACCUAUAAAGGCUUGCAACUAGGUUACUUGUGGAAGUGGCUCUUCACUGUUGUAUUUACUCUUCUUUUAGAUCUCACAGGAGAGGGAUGCUAUUCUCCCAGAGCAGACCUGGGCAUUUUAUGGCCCUUGGGCCACAACCAGCCCUUUGGCUGCCUCUGUCCAGUUGCAUCAGUUGUAAAUUAAAAAAUAAAUUUUAAACAGGCAUGCCGCAGUGGACAGAAAAGAAGCCAAGUGCGCUCACCAGCUGACCAUUUAGUCAGGUGGUGAGAGAAAGAACUUCUUUGCUUCUAUGGCAGAAGAGCAGCAGCCAAGGUGAGGCAAGGCUCUGCGCUCCCUCCUCCGUCAACAUGUGGGUGCCUCCAGCAGAAUUAAGUUCAGACUAUUGAUUUGGCCCUCCAUAACACUCCAAAUUUCUACAUGGACCCUCAGGAAAAAUUAAUUGCCAAUCCCUGCCCAAGAGAUUAGAUUUGCCCUGAUUUUGCUGUAUGUUCAAAACUUUGAAAACCGAUUUUAUUAUUGAGCCUUAGAUCCCAGCUAUGUGGUUGAGCCUAUAUCAUGGUUGUAUUGUUAGUUAUUUUUUAAUCUUCCCUGCUGUAUCUGUUGGAAUUGGAAAUAUAUUUUUGUGUUCACUGGGAGAUUUAUUCUACUGAAAACAGAAUAUUUAGAUUAUAGGAACUAUUAAAUUACAUUAGUAUAUCUAGUACAUUAGUAUAUCUAGAAUUUACAUUAGAAUUGUGCUGUUUUGCAUCUUGGUCAGACUUGUAGGACUUAUGUUAAAAAAUGGAUUUAACACAUAACAGAGUUGGAAGAGACUUUGGAGUCUUGUAGUCCAACCCAAUUUCUCUUGCACAAGCAGAAUACCCUCUACCAUUGCAGACAAGUGGCUGUCCAGUCUCUUCUUAAAAUCCUCCAUUGAUGCAGCAGCCCCAGCUUCUGAAGGCAAGCUGUUCCAUUAGUAUCUAUGUCAUCACCAUUGAGAUGCUUAUAAAACAUACAAUUUUCAUUCAUAUUGAAGUUUGUAUUAAUAAAGUUAAAUUUAGCAGUAUUUGCGGGUAUUCUAAUUAACCAAUAUUUGUUAGUAAAAUGAUGCAUUUAUAUAACACAUACUUAACGAUAGGAGUUAAAAAACCUGAUUUGGAUCUAGAUAAUUAUGAGCCAAAGAAACAUUAGUGGUGUUUGAUUAAUUCUUCAUGGAAAAAAAUAUCCAGUCCAUUAAAGCAAAUAUAUGGGAAGGUAUUUCUAAUGUGAGGACACUGAAUAUGAGGCUAAGCUAUUGAAUGAAUUUGUGGGUAUAAGGAGAUCUAAAGUAUAUAAAUCAAAUAUCUUACCUCAAUUUUGGUUCGCAUUUCUCACGUAAUGCUCUUCUGCUAGGUUGGAAACAGCCCUUCUGUGUGUGGAAGAGGCUUUCCUCUAGUGGAAGGGCUCCUUUGGAUCCAAGCCACUGGCUCCAGUGGCCAUUUGGAGCAUAUCUAACAAUACACAGGCAGUAGAGUGAAAAACCAGUGUCAUUAAAUGAACAAUGCAGAUACAGUUAUGAAGCUGAAUUUCCUAGAAAGGAACUUGGAGGAAAAAAAGCAAGAGCAGAAGUCGUAGUCAUGAUAGGAAGAGAAGCCGAAGCAAGGACCGCAAACGAAGCCGUGAACGUGAAAGAAAGAAAAGCAAGAGUCGAGAAAGAAAGCGCAGUAGAAGUAAAGAACGGAGACGCAGCCGUUCAAGAAGCAGAGAACGUCGAUUCAGAGGCCGUUACAGAAGCCCCUAUUCUGGUCCCAAGUUCAAUAGUGCCAUGAGAGGAAAAAUUGGCUUGCCACACAGCAUGAAAAUAAGCAGACGUCGAUCUAGGAGCAAAAGUCCUUUCAGAAAAGACAAGAGCCCUGUAAGAGAGCCUAUUGAUAAUCUUACUCCAGAGGAACGGGAUGCUCGAACAGUAUUCUGCAUGCAGCUUGCGGCGAGAAUUAGGCCAAGAGACCUGGAAGAAUUUUUCUCUACUGUAGGAAAGGUCCGUGAUGUACGCAUGAUAUCAGAUAGAAAUUCAAGACGUUCAAAAGGAAUUGCUUACGUAGAAUUCGUUGAUGUCAGCUCAGUUCCUUUGGCCAUUGGAUUAACUGGACAGCGAGUGUUGGGAGUGCCAAUUAUUGUACAAGCAUCUCAGGCAGAGAAAAACAGAGCAGCAGCAAUGGCUAAUAAUUUACAAAAGGGAAGUGCAGGCCCCAUGAGACUCUAUGUAGGCUCAUUACAUUUCAAUAUAACUGAAGAUAUGCUUCGUGGAAUCUUCGAACCAUUUGGCCGGAUUGAAAGCAUUCAGCUAAUGAUGGACAGUGAAACUGGGAGGUCCAAAGGAUAUGGAUUUAUUACUUUUUCAGACUCAGAAUGUGCUAAAAAGGCCUUGGAACAAUUAAAUGGAUUUGAACUGGCAGGUAGGCCAAUGAAAGUAGGACAUGUGACUGAACGUACAGAUGCAUCCAGUGCCAGUUCAUUUUUGGAUAAUGAUGAAUUGGAAAGGACUGGAAUUGAUUUGGGAACAACUGGUCGUCUUCAGUUGAUGGCAAGGCUUGCUGAGGGUACUGGUUUGCAGAUUCCUCCAGCUGCCCAGCAAGCACUGCAAAUGAGUGGAUCAUUAGCAUUUAGUGCUGUAGCAGAUUUACAGACAAGACUUUCUCAGCAAAGUGAAGUCUUAGCUGCAGCUGCUUCUGUACAACCACUUGCAACACAAUGCUUUCAGCUGUCCAAUAUGUUUAACCCUCAAACUGAAGAAGAAGCUGGCUGGGAUACAGAAAUUAAAGAUGAUGUGAUUGAAGAAUGUAACAAGCAUGGAGGUGUUGUCCACAUUUAUGUAGACAAAAAUUCAACUCAGGGCAAUGUGUAUGUCAAAUGCCCUUCAAUAGCAGCAGCAAUUGCAGCUGUCAAUGCAUUACAUGGAAGAUGGUUUGCAGGUAAAAUGAUCACAGCAGCAUAUGUUCCUCUUCCGACAUACCAUAAUCUUUUCCCAGAUUCUAUGACUGCAACCCAGCUCUUGGUUCCAACUCGGCGAUGAAGGAGGAUUGAGUCAGUUUUGUACAUAGCUAUUUUUGAAGGAAGACUUGAGUUACCUUUAUUUAGAUGAAAACAAAAGGAAAAAGAUGUAAAGUCCUUUUGUGUACAUUUCCUGUUACUUUUAAAGAAAUAUAUAUAAUAAGCAGGAAUGCUGUGAUUAUUCUCAUGAUUAGCAUUCCCACUGUAAACAAAGCUGACUACUUGUUCUGCCUUGUAAUUCUUGUACAUUUAGACUUUUGGCUAAAGUAUGGUGUAGGAACAGACAUAGGUUAUAGAAAAGAUUUUUUUUCUGUAAAAAGAUGGAGAGGACAUUUUUAAUGUUUUGCAAGCCUUCCUUUUAAUGCAGAAGUUGCAUUUUACAUUUAUUAAAAUGUAGAUGCUCUGCUAAAGGUUAAAAUCAGAUUUAACUGGACAUAUUUAGUGUGUUUUGUAUGGAUUGAAAAUUGAAGAGGCUACUGAACAAUUUUCAGUCAUCUGAUCUGCUCAUGUAAUAUUGAACAGCUGGUAAAAUUGAGAGGAUUAGAAGAUUUUAUUUCUAGAUGGUAACUUUUGAUUGUCUCUGUAAAAGUUUCUUGUAAAUAAGGUGUAAGGUGUGUUUAGAAUUCCAAACAAAGCUAUCUCUGCAUUUCCAGAUUAAAGUUCCAAUGAUUGCAGGGAAUGUACUUAAUUAAAAGUUGAAGUAGGAAAUGCAGGAAUAUAUUUUGUCUGGUUGCAUAUAAUCUCUGCUCUUUUUUAAGCUCUGUGAGCUCUGAAAUAUAUUUUUGGGUUACUUCAGUGUGUUUGACAAAACAGCUUAAUAUUUCUAUCAACAAACAACUUUCAUAUGGCAACAAUCUUUGUAAGAACCACUCAAAUAAAAUUCUCUCAAAGGCC